CAAUUCUCUUCUUUUUCUCAUUAACCCGACGAACCCUAAUUCAAGAAGAUUUCAACCUAACCUAACCUAACCCUAGCUUUCUCUCUCUCCGAAGAUGGGUAGCGAAAUCACACAAGAAAACAUCAUACCCAAACAAUUACCCAAAAAAUACACAUUCACAGGACCAGAUGUUGCUCUUCCUAUGGUAAUCAAACUCCAAAUCAACAACAACUUCUCUGUUUUAAGAGUCUUUGUCAACCCUAUGAGUAAAGUGGACAUUCUUUACUGGUCCGCAUUCUUGAAGAUGAAACUACAAGAAUCAAUGCUCAAACCAUGUCAAGGAUUUCUCAAGGGUACUUUUGGAAAAGGUUUACCAGUGAAAGGAUACAUUGAUUUGGACACAACUUUUGGUAAAGGUGAGAAUACCAAAACCAUCAAGGUCAGGUACUUCGUCGUUGAAUCGCCACCGUCUGUUUCUAUUUAUAAUGUUGUUCUUGGCUGGCCUUCUCUUAAAGAUUUGAAAGCAGUACUCUCAGUGGCAGAAUUCACCAUAGAAUAUCCUGUUGGAGAUGGAAAGGUCGGUGUUGUCGAGGCAGACCUCGAGAUGGCUAAGAAGUGUCACGAAAUGUGUCCCUAUUAUGUUGUGUAGCUUAGAACUAGUAUUUUCACUUUUCAUUCUCAAGAACUAAGAAAAAAGUGUUUUAUUUUUUAGUUUAGUAUUAGUAUCUUUACUUUUUCAGCAUGUUGUUUAGUUUCUUUGUCUAACAAUUAUUGCUAUAACAACUAUGAUAGUUAUCUUUUAA